AUGCCUACCGACCAGGCUUUUGCAACUCCAUCGCCCUCACCUUCGGAGACUCAGGCUCCCACAGAGGUCGCAACGCCGGCCACACUGGCCACUGCUGAGGACUGUGAUGGUGAAACCUGGGAUGAUGGGGACGAUGAACUGCCUACAAUUCCAGCACUUCCAGAUGAUCGUUUGGCGUUCGAGCCCGUCACGCCACCAACAGUUCUGUCGAGGGCAUCGACACUUGGUUCAGUGGAGUUUGCGAAAGCAGCUACAACUACCCCUCCUCCUGUCCCAAAGCCUUCUGUGAAACGUGAGCUGCUGUUCGAUCCCUGCGAAACCCCCAAGAAAGCCAAAGCACCAGUACCAACCUCGAAACGUCCAUCUAUUUCUGUGGUGAUCAAAGCUGAGAAGGUGGCCCCAACUGCUGCCAAGUCAGGGAACAGCCGUGUGGAAAACCCUGCAGCGCCAACGACUGCUGUGCCAGUCAAGCAACCGGUUGGGGCACCACCUCCGACCCUGAACCCACCAGCCAAAACUGAAGCAGCAAUGCCAAAACCAGUGGCCACACCUGCAAGGGCAGCAGCAAAGGCAACCGUUAGUGAACGAACACAUGACAACCAGCAGGCAGCAGCCACACUCCGCAGACUGAAACCCAUGCCUUCAAGUCCAGUUUCAUCACCUGCAGGGACACAUGAACCUACCCCACAAGAGAUGGCUGACCGCCGCCUUGCCAACAAGAUGAGCGCACUGACUGAUGAAGAAAUGGAUCAGAUUGCUCUUGAAAACGCUAUCCUUCAGGAGUUGGCCGGUAAGAGUGAUGAUGAAAUUGAUGCAAUGUUCGAGGAGAUCAAACGUCACCCUUUGUUCAAAAAGUUUGCCCAGGUGCAGCGUGAGGAAACGGGUGAUGAUGAAUGGACCUUUGAGGAUACUGAUCAAAUUCCAAUUUGGGAAAUGUGGGUUCAAAAAUAUGUAAAGCCCCCUCCAAAGGCGAAGCCAAGCAGCCCAGAGCACAAGGACGUCACACCGGAGCCCAAGCAAGUCGCCUUGCCCAAAGCUGGCAUUUUGCGCAUUGCACCUCCCCCUGCAAAGCACCCUGCAGUGGCCUUGCCCCCGUCCCCAGCAAAGGCAAGCAGCCCUACACCAGUGUCCAAGAGUGUGACAGUUGCCUUGCCGCCUGCAGUGGAGCCCAAGGUUUCACCACUGCCCCCUCCUGUCCCGCUGACAGCCCGGCCUGGAGGGUCGAAAGAAGUUUCAGGUUUUACCAUUGCAGUCAAAGAUGGAUCUAAUGUGACGCCAGUGGUUCCAGAGACCUACGAUGAACGAGCAGCUCACCAAGCCGAGUUCAAGAGGAAGCUGAAGAAUCCAGAGGCCAACGAGAUCCCAGAUUGUGUGAUCGAAGCUUGGAACAAGGCUUGUGAGGAGAACUCAAAGACGGCCAAAACAGCCCUGUUCAACACAUGGUUGCAAGCUGGGAAGCAUUUCUCCAUGCUACUUGACUCGCAAAAAAAUAGUGAAAUCAAAAUGUAA